UCAUACCUCCACAUAUCAUAUGAAACCAGCUGAUUAUGAACAUGUAAUGCAUGUGCUGUACGUUUAAUGUAAUCGUCCACAUAUUUAAACUCUUGAUGAAAUGAGGACAUGGCGGACAUGACUUCUGAGGAUGAAGGAGAUCUGCAGGCUCAGAUCGAAGAAGUGGAGGCUCUGUCUUCCAUCUAUGGAGAUGAAUGGUGCGUUAUAGACGAAGCAUCAAGAAUAUUUUGCAUCAAAAUAUCCAACGGCUUGGACGAUCCCAAACUGACGGCAUGUUUACAGAUAAUUCUCCCACCUGAUUACCCCAGUGCCGCCCCGCCCAUCUAUCAGAUCAAUGCUGCGUGGCUGCGAGGCCCAGAGAGGACCGAGCUGGCAAACAGCCUAGAAGACCUCUACAUGGAGCAUGCCGGGGAGAGCAUCCUCUACCUGUGGGUGGAAAGAAUCCGAGAGUUCCUGCUGGAGAAAUCCCAGAGCUCAGAAACAGUGGAUCAGUCGGAAAACGUGAACAUGACGGCUGAGGAGGAGGACGAGGAUGACGAUGAAGAUGUUCCAGACAUAGGGAUGCUCAAACUGAACACAGAAAACGCACAUCUCUUCAUGCAUCAUGCACACGAUGAAGAGCUGCCUCCUAUUAAACACGGAAACACGAUCUCAGACCGACGCAGCACCUUCCAGCCUCAUUUGGCCCCUGUGGUGACCCCCAGACAGGUUAAAAUGGUUCUGGAGAAGUUGUGUGAAAACAAGAAGAUUGCAAGUGCCACGCAUAACAUCUAUGCAUACAGGAUACACUGUGAAGACAAGAACAGCUUCCUGCAGGACUGUGAAGAUGACGGAGAGACGGCAGCAGGAGGAAGACUGCUCCAUUUACUGCAGAUCCUGGAUGUGCGUAAUGUCAUGGUAGUCGUUUCUCGCUGGUACGGAGGUAUUUUGUUGGGUCCUGACCGCUUCAAACACAUCAACAACUGUGCCAGAAACAUCCUGGUGGAGGAGGGAUUCACUGCCUGCAUGGAUGAGGCCAACAAAUCAGCGUCAAAGAGCAAAAAGCCGAAAAGCAAGAAGACGAAAUGAAUUUCAAAAGAACAAGAGACUUUUAUUGUAAAGGUCGCUUUUAACCACCACAGGUGUUUCUCACCAUUUAAAAUAAUGAAUUUAAAAUACUUACAGUGGCUUAAAUGUCUUGUGACUGUGAUUUUACCUUAUAGUUUUAUGAAGCUGCAGCAUUUGGAGACGCCUUGUAAUGAAAUGUUUACAGAGCACUGUGUUGUUAUUAAACCCGUCAAACUCAGA